AGCUGCAGUAUUUUCCGAAGAACGGAAAAAAAAAGAAAAAACAGGGUACCCUCCAUGCAAUGUGCCAACUGUAAUCUUAGCAUUUGGUGAAACAACGAAACGCGCUUUCUCGUUCUUCUUCUGCUUCUUCUCUGCAUCUCUGGCGAUUCGCAAACGGGCUCACCUCGAGCGUUUUAAUCCCGUUUUUCUGAAAUCUUGGAGGUGUUCUGGGUUCGAAAACGCUAGAUGUUUUUGAUUCGUCUGUGACAUUCCGCAGCCGCCGGUUCACCAGAUUGGAAUGUGCUCUUGAACGGGAAAGUUCCCACCUUUAAGUUGAGAGAGAGAGAGAGAAGAGAGAGAAGGGUCAAGUGCAGAAAGUUUCUAUCUUUUUUUCAGAAUUGGAGCGUGCUUGUUUUUCCUUCCUGAUUCGGAGAUUUGCCUCUACUUUGGAGAGCGAUAAGCCUGAGUGACUGGAAGAUCUCUUAAGAAGCUGCAAGCGCGAAAAGCAUUAGACAUCAGAGGAGCGUCUGGGUCAACCUGCAGUCACUAGCAAAGAAAGUGAGCUCAUUUUAGCUUUUGAAGUUGCCUUCUCAGUGACUAGCAAAGUUUUGAUUUUCUGGAAGAAAACGCGCCAUCUCGGGACAAUGCGGUUCUAUUGGGACAAUUUGCUUGAGAAAUCACAGUUUAGUGUGGCUGUGCCUGGUGAGACAAAUCCUGCGACUGAGCUCCAUGUCGUGGAUGCUUUUUGAUGCGCAUCAAAAGCAAAGUUUUGGCUGUACCUAUUUGGAGAAUUUGCUGGAAUUGAUGGUUGACAGGUAUCUGGGCUAAUUCAUAAGCUUAAAUCUGCGCACCACGAUUAGCAAUCUUCAGUAUGUCAGAUAAUACACAAGAAGUUCGAUCUCUGGGCCUGACACCAACAUGGUCCGUUGCUACCGUAUUGACAAUUUUCGUCGUGGUUUCGUUGGCCGUGGAGCGCGCGAUUCACCGGUUAAGUACAUGGUUGCGUAAAACUAAUCGGAAACCGUUGCUUGAAGCUGUUGAGAAAAUGAAAGAAGAGCUGAUGCUGCUUGGAUUUAUCUCUCUCCUUCUGACGGCCACCUCAAGCAUGAUAGCUAAUAUUUGCAUCCCGUCGAAGUUUUAUGAUCGUGCUUUUGCUCCAUGCACCAGGUCUCAGAUUGAUGAAGAUAAAGAGAACAAUGGUUCCAAGGAACGUAAGAUGUUAGCGGAACAUUUCCUGAAUCACUCAUUCAGGAGAACGUUGAAUACCUUGAGUCAGAAUUCCUGCAAAGAGGGUCGUGAGCCAUUUGUGUCAUAUGAAGGUCUUGAGCAGUUGCACCGCUUCAUAUUUGUCAUGGCAGUAACACAUAUAUCUUACAGCUGCUUGACAAUGUUGCUAGCAAUAGUGAAGAUUCACAGUUGGAGGAUAUGGGAAGAUGAAGCUCAUGUGGAUCGGCAUGACGUGUUAACUGAAAUCACAAGAGAGUCGAUAUUACGGAGACAAUCUACUUUUGUCAAGAUUCAUACAGCAAAUCCUUUGGCCAAGAACAGCUUUUUGAUCUGGGUGACUUGUUUUUUCCGUCAGUUUGGGCAUUCAGUGGUUCGUGAUGACUACUUAACUUUACGUAAAGGCUUCAUCAUGAAUCACCACCUUACACCAAAGUACGAUUUCCACAGCUAUAUGAUUCGCUCUAUGGAGGAAGAAUUCCAACGGAUAGUUGGUGUGAGUGGUCCUCUAUGGGGAUUUGUAGUUGCUUUCAUGCUGUUUAACAUUAAAGGGUCCAAUCUCUAUUUUUGGAUAGCCAUUAUUCCUAUUACGCUUGUUCUUCUGGUGGGCACAAAACUACAGCAUGUCAUCGCAACCUUAUCAUUGGAAAAUGCUGGAAUUUCUAAAUUCUUCUCGGGAACUAAACUGAGGCCUCGUGAUGACCUUUUCUGGUUUAAGAAGCCUGAGCUACUUUUGUCCUUGAUCCAUUUCGUUCUUUUUCAGAAUGCAUUCGAACUAGCUUCAUUCUUCUGGUUUUGGUGGCAGUUUGGAUAUGACUCGUGCUUCAUUAAAAACCAUUUGCUUGUCUACUUACGAUUGAUUCUGGGGUUUGCUGGGCAAUUCCUCUGCAGCUAUAGCACAUUGCCUCUGUAUGCUCUGGUUACUCAGAUGGGAACAAACUACAAGGCAGCCCUGAUUCCGCAGAGAAUACGAGAAACGAUCCACGGGUGGAAGAAGUCUGCUAGGAGGAAGAGAAGGCUUGGCAUAUUGGCAGAUGAUUCGACAAUACAUACAGACACGAGCACAGUUAUGUCACUGGAGGAAGACGAUGAUCGUCAGUUGUUUGAUGAGCCCACAAAUCCAGUUGAUGCAUGCACGGAAAUUGAGUUACAAGCAGCUCCUACAAUCAUCAUAAGUCCUCCAGUUGCUAACGAGACUUCGAGUAGAGUUGGCACGCCUCUCCUUCGCCCUUCUGCGUCUGUGUCUUCAUCAUCCACUGCGAACUUCAAUACAGGUGCUUUUUCAAGAUGCGCAUCCAUGCCAGCUAGAAGAGAAUGAUAACUUAGGUUUUCAUGACUGUGAUGGGGGUGGGCAGCAAAGAGCUUGACUAGUUUUGUUUGUAAUGUCUCGUUUGAGGAUGCCAUGUCAGAGUUCAAUCUUAACAGCAUAUGUUGCGAAAUGUAGGUUGUAAAAUUUCCACGAGGGAUAGGUUAGAAAGUUAAAAUGUAAUAGAAUUGGUGUAACUAGUAGAUACUGACACGGAUAUAAUACAGGCCUUACAGUUUCGAACGGCUUUGUUAAAAA